UUGGUUGUGGUAACCAGUGCAGCUUACUUUCAGUAUAAACAGAUCGAAGCGGAUCUUCACACAGUACUCGGGAUAAAAGAAGAACUUGUUAAGGAACGCGAUGCUCUAGUGAAGAAGGUCGAACGCCUCAGUACUGAAAUCUCUUUUCUACUGAACGGUGACCCCCGACGAGUAGUUGAAGACCUGGAUAGUUUAUUGGCGGAGAAUCGCUUUCUCAAAGCCCGGCUGGACUCAGCGAAUGAAGAAAGUGAAACAAUGAGAGCUACAUUAUCGAAGUACAGAGCCAUGACCGAAUCCAGGCCUUCUGCCGUGAAUCUAGCUGCCAAUGGUGAGACAUCCUUAGACGAAAAAAACUGCGUAGCUGUUGUAAAUAUGAAGCAAAUACGCGAGCUGCUUUCAUCGCAUGCCAUUGAACUCGAUGAAAACGACUACAAAGCGAUCACUGCUAUUUUGCUCGACUUGUGCAAUGAUAAACAAAUGGCUUUGACACAUCUUCGAAGGACGAACAAAGUACUUGGUAAUCGAGUAAACGAAGUGGAAAGUCAUUUAGCCGUAUUGGAAGCGAAAUCUCGAAGUACGAGUACCUCAUCAAAAUCGCUUCACAGAGCAGUGUUAACUGAAGAUUAUUUUCACAAAUGA